CUGUGUGUCUGUCUGUGUGUCUGUCUGUGUGCUCUCUGUGUAUCGUAAGGAGCAGCGGCGGACAAAGAACAGCCGGUUAGCUGCAGCGUUAGCAACAUUAGAGCUAACUGUUAGCAAGAGGAGCUAAGACUCUGCCACGCGCGACUGAACAUUUCAGGUGUUUCUAAACAGAGUGGUACCUCCCUGUUGUAGGCGUUCAGAGAGCUGCAGGCGUUCACAGAGCUGCAGGUGAAGAUGAUCGACACUCAGCAGAAGGUGAAGUUGGCCGACCUGCAGAUCGAUCAGCUGACUCGGCUUCAGAAACAUGCUAAGUUAACUCACACUGAGAUCACCACGCUACCUGACAACACGCGACUGUACGAGGGAGUCGGACGCAUGUUCAUCUUGCAGUCAAAGGAGGAAAUCAACAAUCAGCUGACAGACAAACAGAAAACAGCUGACGAGAAAAUAAAAGAACUGGAGCAGAAGAAGGUGUACCUUGAACGCAGCGUGAAGGAAGCAGAAGACAACAUCAGAGAAAUGCUGCUGUCCAGGAGAGCCCAAUGAUGACUCAGCAAUAGCACGGAGACACACACACACCACACACACCUGUCAGAUAUGAUCAACAAUCUGUAACCUGUAUUUGUUUGUUCUUAUUAAAAUGUGGAAGCUUCA